AUGUCCGACGAGCUGAAGUCUUUCGGCCCGUGGGACACUGGACGGUCCGAGAUACGCGUCUACGACGUGCCCAUGCGCAGCAGGGCGGAGUUCGAGAGCUACCUCGCGAGGUACAGUACCGAAGGGGGGCUUCCCCAAGAGCGCCAGAGGUUUCUGGAGCCGUGUGUUUAUGCCUCGUCGAAGGUGCGACUCAGAUAUUGCACCCGCUCGCAGCUGGCAGGUUACUUGCUAAAUUAUAUAUCAGAUCGAAAAUCGUACAAGCUGCUGUCUGCGAAUUGCCAAACUUUCUGCGCUGACCUCUUCAGCUUCUUAUCCGGCGAUCGCAGUGCGAAGCCAUACGGUCAUCUUGUACAAGCCAAUUAUUCUAAUCACGUGCAGUCUUUCUUGUACAAGCCUGGGCGUGAGUAA